CGCGACGAGCAGGAGGAGGAAGAACAUGGCGGGCGCGGCGGGGCCCGGCGGCGGCCCGGGGGCAGCGGGUGGAGAUGGAGAUGAUUCGCUCUACCCGAUCGCGGUUUUAAUCGACGAGCUCCGCAACGAGGACGUACAGCUCCGUCUCAACAGUAUUAAGAAGCUAUCAACAAUUGCUUUAGCACUUGGAGUAGAAAGGACUAGAACGGAACUGCUGCCAUUCCUUACAGAUACAAUUUACGAUGAAGAUGAAGUGCUGUUAGCUCUUGCUGAGCAGCUGGGAAAUUUUACGGGCCUGGUGGGAGGACCUGACUUUGCCCACUGCUUGCUGCCUCCUUUGGAAAGCCUGGCUACCGUGGAAGAGACAGUGGUCCGGGACAAGGCGGUGGAGUCUCUGCGGCAGAUUUCCCAGGAGCACACCGCCGUGGCGCUGGAAGCUCAUUUCGUUCCUCUGGUGAAGCGCCUCGCGAGCGGGGACUGGUUCACGUCUCGAACAUCUGCAUGUGGCUUGUUCAGCGUUUGCUAUCCCAGGGCUUCAAAUGCUGUCAAAGCAGAAAUUCGACAGCACUUCCGUUCCUUGUGCUCAGAUGACACACCAAUGGUACGACGUGCUGCUGCUUCCAAACUGGGUGAAUUUGCAAAAGUUUUGGAAUUAGACAGUGUGAAAAGUGAGAUUGUUCCAUUGUUCACUAAUCUAGCUUCAGAUGAACAGGAUUCAGUGCGUCUCCUGGCUGUGGAAGCUUGUGUCAGUAUUGCCCAGUUACUGCCCCAGGGUGACCUUGAGACUUUGGUGAUGCCCACUCUUCGACAGGCAGCAGAAGACAAAUCUUGGCGAGUCCGAUACAUGGUCGCUGACAAAUUUUCAGAGCUCCAGAAAGCCGUGGGUCCUAAAAUUACCCUGAAUGACCUCAUCCCCGCCUUUCAGAACCUUCUUAAGGACUGUGAAGCUGAAGUUCGAGCAGCUGCUGCCCACAAAGUCAAAGAACUUAGUGAGAACUUGCCCACCGAAGGUAGAGAGACCAUAAUUAUGAAUCAAAUUCUGCCCUAUAUAAAGGAAUUAGUAUCUGACACAAAUCAACAUGUCAAAUCAGCUUUAGCUUCUGUAAUUAUGGGACUGUCUACCAUUUUGGGUAAAGAGAACACCAUUGAACAUCUUCUGCCUCUGUUUUUAGCCCAGUUAAAGGAUGAGUGCCCAGAAGUUCGUUUGAAUAUCAUUUCCAACUUGGAUUGUGUAAAUGAAGUAAUUGGAAUUCGUCAGCUCUCCCAGUCUCUUCUGCCUGCCAUUGUGGAGCUGGCUGAGGAUGCCAAGUGGAGGGUCCGCCUGGCUAUCAUUGAGUAUAUGCCACUGCUGGCAGGCCAGCUGGGUGUGGAAUUCUUUGAUGAAAAACUGAACUCUUUGUGUAUGGCCUGGCUUGUGGACCAUGUGUAUGCCAUUCGUGAAGCUGCCACCAACAACCUUAUGAAACUGGUUCAGAAGUUUGGUACAGAUUGGGCCCAAAAUACCAUUGUUCCGAAAGUGCUAGUGAUGGCAAAUGAUCCUAAUUACUUGCAUAGAAUGACCACUUUAUUUUGUAUUAAUGCACUGUCUGAAGCCUGUGGUCAGGAAAUAACCACGAAGCAGAUGCUGCCCAUUGUGUUGAAGAUGGCAGGAGACCAAGUCGCGAAUGUUCGUUUCAAUGUGGCCAAAUCACUGCAAAAAAUCGGACCGAUUCUACACACUGAUGCUUUGCAGGAGGAAGUUAAGCCAGUGCUGCAGAAGUUAGGCCAAGAUGAAGACAUGGAUGUGAAAUACUUUGCACAGGAGGCUAUAAGUGUGCUUGCGUUGGCAUAAUAAGGAACAGAAGGGAAGAGACUUUACUAAAUUCUUAUCACAGAUUUCUAGUCAAUGUGCUCUUAAACUGAGUGGAGAAAAAAUGGAAAACCUUCAAGACCUCAACCAAGCAAAUGGCACCAACUUGGAAGAAAUCAAAUUUCAGUGACUUGAUUGUUUCUAAAGAAUGAAAUGGGAUUGUUUUUUACUUGUCUGCCUUGUUGGGAUAAUUAUAUGUGAACCAUUCUUACUGCUUGUGACCAAUUCCUGACACUUCGUAUAGUCAUUUCUUGAUUGUCUCCUACUGACUUGGCAGGGACCAUCGAGGCUCCUCAUCUGCACUGUAACAGGUUCUGGCCACUUACUACUCCUGACCAAGCUUGCAUGGGUUUGGACCCAGUCAGGGUGUGGAAUGAUUCUCCUGAUGUUUACAUACGUCUGUAUCUGUGUCCAUUAUUCCAAAGUUAAAUAUACAUGAUUUAGAGUAACUUAUUUUAUAAACACUCCAGGAGAUACAUUGAAAUUUGAUUGUAGUGGAAGCCACAUUUUCCUGGAUAAUGAUGAACUACAUUAGUAUCUCACUUGAAGGAGGAAUAUGGAAACUUGGGCUUCAUGUAUUGGUUGUUUUGGGUUUUAUUUGCUUGAUUUUGACUCUAAUCAUGUCAUUCCGAAACCUGAGGUGCAGACACAUCUUGCUGCUAAAGUGUGAUGUUGAAACCUCAUUGAAUUCCAGCAGUUCACUGCUGUGACUGCGUUCAAGAAUGAUUCUCUCUCUCUCUCUCUCUCUCUCUCUCUCUCUCUCUCUCUCUCUCUCUCUCAGGAAAACUUGAAAUUUAGUGCCUUCUUUCAUAAGUAGUCUGUACUGUUUUACGUAAGUUUACAGUUUUGCGUUCCUAGUAAUAAAGGAAUUGCCCCUGCUACUGAACUGAGGGUUUCCUGAACUGAGGGUUUCCUGCUCAGUACCUGCUUCUGCUUCCUGCGGUGUUGCAUCGGUCCAUCCUGCUGCGCAUGGUGAGAGCUUUCCUAACUAGUUUCAUCACUAAUGUUUUUGGUAUAAGCAGUACUGGAAUCUUACGAUUUAAAAUGUUUCCUCCUCUGCCACUUUCACAGUUUAACUUCCUUAAUUCCUCCAGAAAUUUAAGAUAAGUAAAGGUUUUGUUGAAGCAAACCAUUAGUAUGUAAGGAAACCUGUUGAAUCUAAGCUAAAAAAAUUUACGCUUUGGGCCACAGUGAUAGUAUAGCGGGUUCUAUCCCCAGCACUCUACAUGCUCACUGAUCCCCACCAGAAGGCCACAGAGCCAGGAAGAAACCCUCAGCGCCGCCAAGUAUGACCCAAAGACCACCCUCCCUCCCCCAAAAAAAGAUAACAUUUUUUAAAAAGUAAAAGUAUUUUAAAAGGACUCCUUUACCAGUCGACAAACCAGCUACUAAUCACUCUUCAAUUAUAUCAGAAUUGCUUCCACAGAGAUCUUUUCGAAACUACACCUUUGAAAAAUGCAGUCUGGGGGCUGGAUACUGCGGUGGGUAGGGCUCUUGCCUUGCAUGUGGCCAAUCCAGAUUCUACCCCCAGCAUCCCAUAUGGUCACCCAGCGCCACCAGGAGUGAUUCCUGAGUGCAGUGCGAGGAGUUACCCUGAGCAUUGCUGGGUGUAGCUCCAAAACGUAGAAAAGGAAUUAAAUCGAUUCUCCCUAAAAAAAAACCAUAAUUAUUUUACUGAAAAUUUAAAUAUUUCUCUCUUAAAUAUAUUUACACUUUUUAUCAAAUCACACUCUUUGUCCCUAAUAAAUACUAAUUGGUGAGGUGUUUGUUGUAGCUUAUUUUUCUCUGCAUCUUGCUUUUUUUGCUUGAUUCCUAUUUUGGAUUGUUUCCUUUAUUUACAUUAAACCCAGUGAACACUCUGGUCUUAUCAAGCCCAGAACUUUUUACAUUAAACCAUUACAUAAAACGGAGUCUAACCAAAUACUUUCAAGUUUUCCUUACUUAAAAAAACAAAACAAGACACAAAAACCAGAACAUUUAAGAUCUAGAAAUUACCUGUUUGCAAUUUCGACUGCCACAUUAACUUACACUAAGUUUCUAUUUUACUAUCCUCUUGUUGGUUAAGGAUUAAGCAAAACAAAACAAACCGUACAUUCUCAUUCGAAUAUCCUAAACUAUUGUGCAUUUUGAUUCUAGGUGUUGGGUUUCGUUUGGUAUUACCUGUAGGUUAUAUUUCCUUUAUUGAGUUAUAUUUGAGAGACUACUGUCCUGAUUUUGUUGCACAACCAUUCAUUGCUUUACUCUUGGGUUGAAAAUGACAUUGGUUUGGGUUGGACUUUUAAAGCCCCUUGUAACCCCUUGGGAGUACUGUGCACGAAUCCUUUCACCUUGAGAGUGUCAUAAGGGAGAGACCGUGCACCUGGCUUUCUUGAUCGUAGGUGACCCUCUGAGCGGCAUUGCUCUUUCUGACUUAAAGGGGCCCCUUUUGUUUCCCUUUAGGGUAGUUCUUUGCCUAAUGACUCGUUACCUUCUUCUCUGAGAGUUUUCUGAUCCUGGCUUCAGUAGACUGUAAGCUCUGGGAGCUCUGUAAGGGCAGGGAUUUUGUGUCUGUUUUGUCUUCUGUAUCACCCGCACUUCUAAGUGUGGUGUACUUGGUCGGUGCUCAAUAAAAAUGUGUUUGAAUUUCUAA